AUGCAGCAGGCGCCUGCGCCUGCCGGCCCGAGCGGCCCGGGGCAGAAGGCCGUUCCCAAGGACAAAGUCCAGCAUGACGCCCUGGUGUCCAGCAAAGAGCCGUUCCGGGAGCCCAAUGUGCCACGCAAGAUCAAGCAGAUCCAGUUCAGCGUGAUGAGCCCCGCAGAGAUUGUCAACACCGCAGAGUUCCACGUGUUUGAGCGGGCGCUGUACAAGAUGCCGGAGCGGCGGCCGCAGCCCAACGGCGUGCUGGACCCCCGCCUGGGGUUUGCGACCGCCGAGGAGCACAACGAGCAGCUGGGCGCCAACCUGGGCAAGGUGGCUGACGACCUGCACCCCGUGCGCGUGCUGCAGCUCUUCUCCGCCAUACCGCAGGAGGACUGCGAGCUGCUGGACCUGGCGGGGCGGCCCGAGGACCUGCUGGUCACCAACCUGCCGGUGCCGCCUGUCGUGGAGAUGGAUGCGGGUGCUGGCAGCAACGAGGACGACAUCACCAUGAAGCUGAUGCAGGUGGUGGAGGUGAACAACAUACUGAGACAG